CGCCGCUGAUCGAGAAGAGCUGAAAUCAAGGCAACUCAUCUCGGCUCACUGACAAGUCAGAUGACAAUUACUGAUGCAAACAAACGCAAGCUGAGCCUGCCUGGAGUCGGGGCGGCCGGGAUCCUGCAAUGGUCCCCGGCCGGGAGGGCAGACUUUGGAACCAGCAGCCUCCCCCUGCCCAAUGACCAGCUGAUGGAGAUGGUGUGAGUGGAAUGGAUGAUGACUGCAAAAAAUGGGCACAAGUUUUAUGGAACUACCUUAAAUUGGGACAACCUCUGGUGAAGAGCGACGUAAUUAUUGGCCUGGGGUGCCAUGAUAUCCGUGUUGCUGAAAGAGCUGCUCAUCUCUAUCUGGAAGAGUGGGCUCCACUGAUAUUGUUUACUGGUUACCUGGGAAGCCAUACCGUGGGUGUAUGGCAUAAGACGGAGGCAGACAUUUUUGCCGAAAAUGCAGUUAAAUUGGGCGUUCCUGUUGACAAGAUUGUACUGGAAACAAAGGCCACAAAUACAGGCGAGAAUAUAAGGUUUGCAUAUCAAACGCUGAAGGAAAAGAAUAUCCCAGUGAAGAGGAUUAUUCUAGUCCAACAGCCGUUUAUGGAACGCCGUGUUUACGCAACCUACCUUCGACAGUGGCCGGAAGACAAAGAGAAUGUGCAGGCCAUUGUCACAUCUCCAAUAAUGGAACUUGAAGACUACCCAAACAAGCAUGUGGGCAAUAUGGACAACUUAAUUGAGUAUAUGUUGGCUGUUUUUGAACGAAUUCGGGAUUACCCAAAGAAGGGGUUUCAGGUGGAGCAAGAAAUUUUUCCAGAGGUUUGUGAAGCCCAAUGGAAACUAAUACAAGCCGGUUACAGACCCAAAUAAAAUGUUCCACAGAUGAAACGCUGUAUCAAUUUCAAGUUUUACAUCAA